AUGGCUCACGAAAACCAUAUUGACUGGAGGCCCUUUACCAAGAAAGUCCUUGAGAAAUGGGCAUUCGCAUCCGGCCCAGAACUCCCUGAGCCUCGUCACUGCACGAUCAGCUCUCCAUCGCGCUUGAGAGAGUCUGGCCCGUAUGCCGUGGCGUACUUCUACCUCGUCACUGAAGCGGAGCCUGGUCCCUGGUAUGUGAUUGAGAGUACGUUGUGGGACACGGAGAAGAACUUCAAGCUCCGUGAAGCUACCUUCAUCGUCCCCUGCCGUGAUCCUCCUUCUGCCAGCCAUCCGUUUGUUUGUGAAUGGGAUGAUGGCUUGCAUGUCUAUAUCGUUCGUCAUCUCAAGGGGGCUAAAAAGCUCACUGUUGUCAAGGAGGCUGCGAAGAAGAACAGUAAGAAGAAACCAAGAAAAUCACCCAAGAAGAAGCCCCAGAAGGUGAUUGAGGAUGACUAUCCCAGCGCUAUGGAAUCGUACGAUGGUACCUCAGAUGAGCCAGAGGGCAGCUCUCGUCAUACUGCCAACGGGCAACAAGAUUCCAUUGGUGACGACCUUGGCUCUGCUGUUGAUGAAAAGCCAUCUGAUUAUGAAAAUAUGGCUGAUUUGAAUGAGGAGGAGUCUUCGACUUCUUCCCCUGAGUCUGAUAUCUGCGACGAAGAUGAAGAUACGCCUGCGUCAAGCCAGUCACUCGAUAACAUCGGAGACAACUCUUCAGAGAAGCCCAUCGAGACCGAUGACAUCGACACUGAUGAUAUCGACACCGAGGUCCCCAGCUUCAAAUCCUCCGAGUCUGACGAGGAAGAAGGCAUUCAAUGGUAUAACGCAGCAGACUAUGAAUGCUACCGGCAAGACACCGAGCUUUCUGAAGAAGCCCUUGACGAGAUUUACACUCGAGACCAGGCGCAGGACGAGAAAUCCGCGGUCCAUCAUUAUAACUUCUUUGGCGAUGCCAUGCCGGCACGAAACUCCACGCCUCCCGAGGUAUCUCUGUUUGUGCUCCUGAAAGGACCCAAGUGUUGGCCACACGAGAGUUCCUGCGUCGCCAGCCUCAUGCACCGAGCAAUCAAGUACAUCGAUCCGGUCCUUUACACCGGUCCUCUGGAAGUCUUGUCGUAUGCCCACACUCCUAGUCUCCUCAAGGGUAUUACCGGACACGUCCAUAAGUUCUACACCAGCCACGGAACCUGGGUCCACGAUAAGGCCAAGCGUGGUAAGAAACGGCCGAUUCUGGAUCCAGCUGACUCGGAUUCUUAUUAUGCAGAGCCAUGGCUGCCGUUCAACGGGUUGCUGAAUCCUCACUGGAGAUCCUGGUCGAGAAAUGACUUCAAGAAAGGAAUGGGUGAGAGGGCUCCUCCCAAGAUGAUAAGAAUUCGCCCUACGCCCAAGUCACCGCUCUCGCAGUGUGUGCUGGCUAGUGAGAUUUAG